GACCCCGCAACCGCCGACGCAGCGGGAACGAACGAACGAGGCGACGCGACGCGUGGCGUGGCGUAGACUGGAGCAUGUUUCGGAACGGAGAGGGCAAGGGCGGGAUCCCUUCCCGCCACAACCGGGCCGGGGCCCGGCACCACCGCAAGAGGAAAUUGCCGCUUCCGGAGCAAGACGGCGGACCGGAGGGAUGCCACCAGCAUCAGCAGCAGCAUCAGCAGCAACCACAACAAGAAGAACCCCCGGCGGUGCCCUGGAGCGACGACCUCCACAGGGAAUUCGUAACGGCCGUCUUCCGGGUAGGAAUCGACGAAUCCUCCCCGGCCGUCAUUGCGGAGGAAAUGAUCACCAGAAACAACUACAACUACAACUGCGAGAACAACCGCGACGAAAACCACGGCCACAACUACCACCGCGGCCCGAAGGGCGAAGGAGGCGAACCAUUCGGGUCCGCAGAGGCCGGUGUUUCCGACGCAGGAGCCCGGGGCUCCGGCGUUGGCAGCAACAGCGGGAGGAUUCCGGACCCGCACGGACAAAAGCACCGCCUCGCGGAGUACUACCGGGAGGCGAUCACGGGGGAACGCCUCAAGUCCCACCUCCAGAAGCUCCGCAAGCAAAAGGACCGCGAAAUUGCCGUCUUUGUGGGAGACUACCAGAACCACCUGGAGGGGGAGGCCGCUUCCGAGAAACGCCGCAAGGCGAUCGUGGGGCUCCGGGAGCGGGCCCGGGAGCGCCGCCGCCGGCUGGGGGAGGCCCGGCAGAGGGCGGCGGAAGCCGCAAUGGCCCGCGGGGGGCCUCCCCCCCCUACGGGGAUCGACGCCUCGGAGGUCUCCCCGGAAGAGGAGGACCGGCUCCUCUCGCUCUACCUACCCCUCGAGGCCCCGGGCCGUCCCUGCGGAAGCGCCGAAAGCAGCGGGCUUUGGGGGGCCUCCCCGGUCUCCUUUCCCGCCGGGGGGAAGGCCGUCGGGAUGCUCACCUCGGCCGUCCGCAGGGCCGAAGAGGCCGGGGGUGGCCCUUCGGCGCAAGAGCGGCAAAGGAUGCCGUCCCCGGACUACGGGACCCUCCUCGGAGACGACGACGGCGAAAACCUCUCGGUGGAGUCGGCCACGAGCCACGCGGCGGUGGCCGCCGGGGAGCUGGCCGAUGCCCUCGCGCCGCCCUUGUACCACCUGCGGAACACCCUGGGCCGGAGGAACAGCAUCAUCGACUGCGCCAGCAGCGAGGACGAGGGCGAGGACCACCACGACCGCUACCACCCCUUUGCCGAAACCUCUGGACCAUGGAGCGACUGGGGAAGGGGCGACGGACACGAAGACAACGACAGGGACAAACACGGCACCGACGGAGGAAAUGACCCCCCCGAGACCGCAUCGAUCCCGACCCUCACGGAAGCCGAGAAAAACAGCCCCCUGGGAGUGAGCAUGCGCCUGACGUGGGACCUGAUCCGGUACAUGCACGGGGUCCUUGCCGAGGAGCGGGCCAACCGGUGCCGGCCGCGGGACCGGUUUGCAACGGAUUGCCCGGAUCCGGGGGGCAGCAGCAGCAGCAACAACAACAACAACAACAACAACAACAACAACAACAACAAUACUUACAGUGGUAGCGCAGAGGAGUCCCCGCCGAAAAACCUGCAAGAGAUGGAGACCACUCCGCCCGCACUUCCCUUUGACUCUCGUGCUUCUGGAAUGGUAUACCAGGCUAGGAAUCAACAGGCUAACGACAAUUAUGAAGACAACGACAACAAAAAUCACAACAACGGCAUCAACAAUGUCAAUUACAACGUCAUUAUCAACAACAACAUCAACAACAACAUCAUCAACAACAACAACAGUAUCAACAUCAACAACGAUGUCAACAACGGCAUCAAGAACAACACAAACAACAACGGAAACAACAACGUAUACAACGGCAUCAACGGCAUCAGCAGCAACAUCCAACACACCCAUCACGGGUUCCAACAAAUGAGCGAGAAUUCCUUUCUGGCGACCGCAAUGGCCGCGAACGGACCCCCUCCGCCGGCAUUUAUGGCAACCCUCGCCGGAAGCGUCGCUACCAUGCUUGGUGGCGGAACCGAGGGCGGUUCCCUCCUGACGGCGGCGGAUGCUUCUGCCGCCCGGUUCCCUCCCCCACCACGCUGGACCCAUUCCCACCAGCGAGGAAGCGACCGGGACGCCAAUGCCGUGGUAACACCCCCGAAUCACGACUCUCCGUCGGUUGCCAACCCCCAUCGUUUUUGACUUUUCCUUUUGGCAACGACGCAGACAACUCUUUUGACAACCGAAAAGGGUGUAGCAGCGGAAAAGAGCACUAGUGAACGCUAUGUUUGGUUCUCCGUCAGCACAACAUUGAAAUAGUCAAGACAAUAUCCAAUCUCACUGAUAAUAGUUCUCCGUGUGUUCACUAGGGUUGGAGUUGGUACACUUUCUUAUUUGUUGGAGCUGGAUUGCUGCGGAGGAUUAGUUUGGACGCAAAACUUUCUAACGACACAGAAAUCCUACGGGCGCCGACCAGAAAGCGAAACCAUUGAAACAUACAAAGACAUUUCAAGCCAUAGGUUCCGCCUCGAAUAUAGCGGUUAGUGGUGG